GACAUCGCUGAUGCUGGGCAUAAGUACCAUCUGGAGUUGGUGUUAGAAGACGUCCUUGACAAAGACAGUACUGUUAACUGCACUGCUGAGGUUCUUUACCAUCUGGGCAACAAAAACAUUGCUCCAGAUGUGCAAUUCACAAUUGAAGGAGAACUUAAGAACACAGAGGAAGCAGAUAACGUAUUCUACAACCGAAUCAAGAGCCUGGAAAAAGAGCUUGUGGCCGAAAACAUACCAGACAGCCACGGCAACUUGUCCCCAGAAAUGGAGCCCGUCCGCCUGCUAGCCUGGGCCGCCUCCGGCUACGUGAUAUGGCAGAACUCAACUGAAAACACAGAGUUCCACCUUGCCCAAAUUAAACAUGUGAAGCAAGUGAAAAGAAGUGAUGAAUAUCUUGAAUUUGACUACCUGAUUCUACUUCACGAAAAGGUGUCCCAGGAGAUCAUUCCCUGGCAAAUGACAGUUCUCUGGCACCCACAGCACGGUGUUCAAGUAACACAGGACAGCCGUCAGCCAAAAGAUGCAUCGGAAUAG